AUCUCCUACUAAUACUCGACUGAGUUUUAAAAAUAAGGAAAACAAUGGAGGUCUUCAAAAGCAUCGCGAAGACUUCGAGUUCUUUCUUUGUUGUAUGCAUUUUGCUUCUCUUUGCAAAUGCAGCAUCUGAGAAAACUCACUACCAUGAUUUUGUUAUUCAAGCAACACCGGUGAAGAGGCUAUGCAAUACACGUAACACCAUCACGGUGAAUGGACAAUUUCCUGGACCAACAUUGGAAGUAAACAACGGAGAUACUCUAGUGGUUAACGUUGUUAACAGAGCUCAGUACAAUGUCACCAUUCACUAGCACGGGGUUAGGCAAAUCAGAACAGGAUGGGCCGAUGGGCCUGAAUUUAUCACUCAGUGCCCAAUUAGACCAGGAAAGAAUUACACUCACCGGUUUAUCAUUCAAGGACAGGAAGGGACUCUUUGGUGGCACGCCCACAGCUCAUGGCUCAGGGUAACUGUUUAUGGAGCUUUAAUUAUCCACC